CCGGUGGACACGUGCUGCUGGUGGCGGCGUAGAGUUUCAUACAGUAAUGCCGUGAUGCUGAAGAGGCGGGGCGGGCGAUUUGAAUCCAGCGGCGGGCGGCGUCCAUGCGGGGCUGAAAUGUAGGUACCGCGGCCUGCGGGUCCACGGUGUCGGCGGCUUGGGACGAGGCAGGACGCCCGGCUACUGGCUCUCCCUUCAGGACUAAAGGCCGAGGUCUAGAAGGCAGGACAGCCACAAUACUCAUGUGCUGCGGGGCGUCCGGAAUAAACCCAAGGAGAAGGAGAACCGAGUUGCAGGAGUGAGAGGUGGGGCAAGUGCCCUGGUUUGAACUCCAGAUGGCUACCAACUCAAAAGACAGUGAAUCCCCUGGAACCAAGGAGUCUGCUCUUAAUGCUGAAAAUGCCUGUCUCAUUUUGGGAAAUGAGAAUCUUGUAACACCUCUGAAUCAUGCAGCUGAAGUGACUCCUGAUCCUUGCACACCAGAUACUUUUAAAUCACCUUUGGACUUUUCCACAGUAACUGUGGAGCAACUGGGAAUUACACCUGAAAGCUUUGUAAAGAACUGUUCAGGAAAGUCAUUAUCCUACCUUAAAAAAUCCAGACGACGCUCUACAGUUGGUGUCCGGGGCUCUCCUGAAACAAACAACCUUAUUCGUUUCAUUGCUCAGCAACGGAAUUUAAAGAAUGCAGAGAAGUCUCCUUUGACACAGAGUUUCCCUUUUCCGGGCAGCCCUGUACUGCAUCGAAAUGUCAGUUCUUUAAGAGAGCGAAUAUCUGCCUUCCAGUCAGCCUUUCAAUCCAUAAAGGAAAAGGAAAGAACUCCUGCCUGUACUGAUUUCUCAGAGGCAGAGGAAGAGUUCAAGAAAACAAGCACAACCAAAAAGGAACGUCUUGGUGAGUGUCGACAGUCUGCGUGCCUUGCCCAGUCACCCAAACGUCGGAGACGAUCUUCUCAGAGCUGCUUGGACGCCAGUCUCACUAAGGCAGCUGCUCUCCAGACAUUCAGUACGUCCACCCCUCCUGAUGCAGACAGAACGAGCAUGGCUGAAACUUCAGCAGACCUUUCUGAGAAGUCUUCUGAACCUGGUUUAACACAGUCUGGGUGUUUAGUUGAACAGUCUCUUCUCCUCUCAGAGCUCACAGAGGCUUCAAGCGGAAUCAAGGCUGCUGACUGUGCAAAGGGCAGAGGAUCAGGAGAUGCUGUGUCACCUGACAAAUUUGCAGAAGGGAGCAGAGGCCCGGCUCUUGAAGUCAGGUCCCUGGUCACUCCUUUGUGCAAGAGGGACGUUCUGUCCUCCAAGACCUCUGUCCUUCGUUCUGUGCUGAAGAAACCCUCCGGGAAGCUGUGUCUAGAAAGCCUGCAGGAGCACUGUGACACCCUCUGUGGUCCUGGGGCUCAUCCAACCUUCCCCUCACAUCCUGCAAACGGUGGCAGAGAGCAAAAAGCAGAAGAUCAAGAAAAUUACAAAGUGCCAGCCUUUGUAAAUAUGAGGAAGAGGAAGAGGGUAACCUUUGGAGAGGACCUGAGCCCCGAAGUGUUCGAUGAGUCUCUGCCAGCAAACACCCCACUGCGAAAAGGAGGGACGCCUGUCCGUAGAGAGGACUUAAGUAGGAUCAGUCCUGUGCUGCUUGAGCAGUCACCAGUUCCCGAGCAGUUGCCUCAGCCCAAUUUUGAUGACAAGGGGGAAGAUCUUGAAAACAUAGAACCUCUUCAGGUUUCGUUUGCUGUUGUGAGCCCUCUUAGUAAGUCUUCAGUCUCUGAGACUCUUUCAGGCACUGAUACCUUCAGCUCUUCAAAUAACCACAGAAAAAUACCUUCCUGUACAGAUGGUAGAAGAACACGGUCCUCUAACAGAAGAAGUCAAUUGAUCAGUUUUGCAGAAGAGAGUGUUUGCAGCUUGCUUAACACAGAAGCUCAGCCUUGCAAAGAGAAGAAAAUUAAAAGGAGGAAAUCUCAAGAAAGCAAGCGCCCACACAGAGUACCUCCAAAAAAGAAUCCGAUUUUAAAAAGUUCCCAGAAGAAGAAAGGAAGAAGAAAGAAGGGUAUUCAGAAGAAUCUGUAUGGGGAACGAGACAUUGCCUCUAAGAAGCCGCUUCUAAGUCCUAUCCCGGAGCUGCCCGAGGCUGCCGAGACCCCCCCUCCACUUCCAGGUGUCCACAGGGUGCUGUCAGAUGAUUUCAGCUUAGAUGGUGAACUUGAAGAAAGGAAGCUUCCUGAAAGAAAGAAUCUUUUCCCUCAGAACUCAGAAGAAUUCAAUAAGUACAAUGUGUCUGAAUUCUGCAGCUCUUACAUAAAAAGUUCCUUGUCACUUAUUAAUGCCACUUGUGAUCAGGAUUCAAGUAUAAAUACUAUAGGAAUCCAUGCAAAUAAAAUUAUUCCAAAAGCAGAAGUUAAGUUGGAAAGUGAAAAUAACUUAAAAACUGCAACCAAGAAUGAAAACAUUCGUAUUUCUUGUGCUUCUAAGACUGAAAAACGCAUCGUGUCAGAUAGUCCACAGUCCAAUUUUAUCGGGCAGUCCCAAGAGGGUUCUGCUGCAAGUCAAAAUGUGGAAAAUCUUCAGAGCUUUGAAAUUUCAGGAGAUGUCAAGUGUGAACAACAAGAUGACUUCUUAGUAGGUCCUGAAGGAAAACUGCAGACCGAGGAUUUAAUGUCUGGCUCACAAAAAGAAUGUGAUUAUUUGGAAGAUGUCUUAAUUGAUGAAAGAAAAGAAAAAAGUCAAAGUGAGGAUUUGGGAGGAAACUCCACAAAAAGAAGCGGUGUGAGUUGUGAAGGGAAACAACGAAGGCGCUCUAUGUGCUAUCUUGAUGGUCAGCAUUUGUCUUUGGAAAACAAUGGAAUGCACAAACCUUCCUACAGUGUGGGCAGCUCUGCAGAAAUUAGUUUGGAAAAUUCUGAACUGUGUAAAGAUUUAUCUGACUCCAUAGAACAAACCUUUCAGAGAACAAAUAGGGAGGCAAGAGUCCGACGUAGCACAAGGCUACAAAAAGACUUGGAAAGUGAAGGACUUGUAUGGAUUUCACUUCCAGUUCUUUCCACUUCCUGCUCCUCCCAAAGAACCAGAAGGAGAACCGUGCAUACAUUGGACAGCAGAGGAUUUGAAAGUGUGUCCCCUAGGGAAAAAACUGCGUCCUUCAGACAGAAAAUGGGGACACCCUGCUCCAUAUCAAAUCAAGAAAACAGUGAGGGCUUUGCAGACACUUUUUCCCGUUUACCUGGGAAAAGGCGGAAGAGUUUUUGUACAUCUGCACUUGCAGACACUGCAAACACGAAGCACAAAUGCUAUAAAAGAAGAUCCUUUCUCAGCCAGAAGGGAGAAGGCUCUCCAAACGAUGUUGGAAGAAUGAACCACGCUGGAGAACUGCAGCAAUAACUGACGUCUGCUGCAGAACAUUUGGCAAGAUGGACGCCACCCACCCGUGCCGAAGAGAUCCUUUCAUCCUAGCUCCUUUUAUUUGUUCAGUGUCAGUGUUUAAUCGUUUCAAAUAAAGUCGUGUGAGUUGAACCUACUUUUAAGGAGAAAUAAGUGAAAUUCUUUUCAUUAAAAAAUGUUCUAUUAAAUAUGUCCUUCCCCCAAAUGGCAAAGGCUUUAUUAGUAUUUUGCUAAAAAGGAUUGUUUUUAGACCCUAAAUUUGUCUCUUAAGUUUGUUUUAUGUUAGUACAUAUUCACCACCAAAGGGUUAGAGUCUGUUGAAAAAAUUAUCUUUUAGAAUUGGCACAUUACAUGUCGAUGAGAAGGGUUUUUAAAAAAAAAUUGACAUAAUAUAACAUGAAAGUGGACGUUAAUACAAUGUGGAAAGCUGUUUUAAAAUGUGUUUUUAUUUUAAGAAUACUGCAAAAAACUGGUUAAAAGUUUUAAAAAUUGGGGUAGAUGUAAAUUGUAAAACUUGUUUUCUCUUUGGGCUAAGGUUAAAAGAAGCUUAAAUGACUUGCUUUAGCUGUCUGAAAUGUUUAAUUCUUAGAUUAAAAUCAAAUGUCCAACAUGGAAUUUUGGGAAAGUCUUUUCAAUGACCAGAAUGGUGAGGGUGGGAGCAAAAGUAGUUUUAAAGUUGUUUGUGUAAAAAAUAAUAAAUAAUAAUACAAGAAUAAACUGAGGUUUGUAUACCCACAGCUGUAAAACCUACCUUUGCCUAUAUGAUAGAUGUGUCAUUAUAAAAUGAACAUAUAAUUUGUAAAUAAUGAAUGUGAUGAAAGCAUUUUGUCCUUUAAACAAGAUUCUUCAACGUUUUGUGGGGUGAGAGGUGGAUUGGUUUUUGGUGAAAAUGUAGCAGUUUAGUUGAAGACUUAUUUCCCAGAUUAUUCAAAUUACAGAUAAUUUGGGAUUUAUUUUAUGGUUCUCCUUAAAACAUUGCUUUUAAGUCCAAAGUGAGCUGACCGACAUGAAACGUGGUGGUAGGUCGCUGGCUUCCUUUUCAACAAGGCAUUUUCCAGCUGCUUUAAUUCUUACUUUUCUACAGUGUCAAGUACGUGCAUACUAUCACUUGUCUUGGAUUUUCCAGUUAUGCCUCAGCCCUAUAGCCAUAUAUCCUAUUUCCUAUCACCAUUUUGGUGAUAGCAGUUUGAAAAUCUAAGUUAUUAUAUAUCUGGAAUUUGUGAAUGUGCUUAAAUCAUGUAUCAUUAAACAAUUGUCUUUAGAAUCCUUGAAAUCAUUAACCUCCCUCUCUUUGAUAGCAGAAGCCUGUUAACAAAUAGUGCUCUCUAUAAAUAACCCUCUGGGGGAGAAAGCUCCCGCUGAGCGCCCAUUUCCCCUCCGCAGAUAGAGACUAUUUGUUACCUUCUUGGCACCAACAGGUCUGGGACUCCUGCUGGCAAAGACUAAUGUAUUUUACAUUAACACUCAAAGUGAUCCCCAAUUUCUUCUGCUAAAGGGUAGAUUGUUUAAAAAAUUCUUUUAUCUUUACACAUAAAUUCUUUAUGGAUCCCCCCGCCCCGCUUUUAUAGUUUAGUGUGGUUGAGAAAUGUAUACCACUGAAAACAAACUACAAAAAAAAAAAAGAGAGAGAGAACUAAUUAACUUCUUAUGAAGCUUUUUGGUUUU